CUCUCUCUCUCUCUCUGUGGUUUAAUUCUUCACAAUCCAAUCUUCUUUUCAUUCCGGUAAUAGAAAACUACAAGCUUAACUAAGCUUCAUCGUCAACAAAGAGCCACCUUGACGUUGUUUCUUCACAAUCCGAUCUUCUUUUCAUUCUGGUAAUAGAAAAGUGCAGCUUAACGAAGCUCCGUCGUCAUCAAAGAGACACCUUGACGUUGUUUUUGGUUACUUAAUGGAAGGGUUUUGAAUGCGAUUAUAGUUGGAGUAGGUGGGCUGAUGAUAUCUCCGGCGGCCGUCCCAUUUUUAUAGAAUGUCCCGCUGGAAUGCGACCAAUGAACAAGAUUUAGAGGAGAUGAUUUGUGACUGAGUUCUUCUUAUGCAUUUGAGACUCUUGCUGCUGAGAAGAUACUAUGUCCCCACAUAUCGAAGUGGAUUUGGCAACUCGUUGUAGCUAUUUUCAGAAUCUUAUUAUAGAGAAUGGAGCUUUAGAGUGAGAGGAGCAUGUCUAUAUCUCCCAAAUUUUAGAAGGAUUUGAAUUCGUUGAGGAUUAAAUACUCGAAACUGAAGAUGAUCAUCGAGAAGGUAGCAUCUAAUGAGGAGAAGGGUGAGGGUAGUUGCAUAUUGGUAGGACUCCCAUUGGAUGCCGAUGGCAGGGAGUUGCUUGAUUGGGCACUCAGCAAAGUUGCCAAGCAAGGUGAUCGCGUUGUAGCAGUUCAUGUCUGCCGCAAAUCAGAACUCUGCAACACCUCUACGUUUUCUCUGAUCAAAGUUCUAGAUGACUACUUAGCAGCAUAUGAAGGCUUAUGUAAUUUGAAGAAAGUAGUUCUUGUCGGCCGGGUCUCUCCAGGAAGUUCUAUUCGGAAAGUCAUAGUGAAGGAGGCCAAUCUCUGUGCUGCCAUGACGGUGGUAGUUGGAGUUAACAAGAACUAUUCAUUUGGGGAUUCAGCUUCUCUUGCCAAAUAUUGUGACAAGAAACUGCCUCCAACCACUACUUUGAUUGCAGUUCACAAUGGAAAGGUGAUCUUUCAAAGGGAAGCUACCAAAUCACCUUCAGGAGGACACCUGAAGACGACACUUCGUAGUGUGUUACAUCCAAGUGUUAGCAUGGAUGCCGAAAUAAUUGUCCCAAGUUCGAAGGUUAUGCUUGACAAAGGAACCCCUAGGAUCUCCGAUGUUGGGUAUGGAUGUGAACUAAAGGAAGAGGUUCCAAAAGAUCACAGCCUUCUUGUUCAUGGGAAGAUGGCGGAAGUUAGUACCAUCUCUAUUUCACUUCUCGUAAGAAGGCUGCCAGAACAGAGGCUUGGUUGGCCCCUUCUACGAAGAGCAGUUUCAGCAAAUCUACAAGCACCAAAGAAUGAUGAGGCCCGGAAAAUGUCAGUAGUCCAAUGGGCUAUGAACCUACCUGAAAGAGUUAUGCCAUCUAAUCAACCCCAGAUGGACCUGAUCAAGGAGUUGAAGGUUAUCCUAGGAACAAGUACCUCUGCUUGCAAAUGGUUCCAAUAUGAGGAACUCCAGAAUUCAACCAAUCAGUUCUCUUCAGAUAAUUUGAUUGGAAAAGGAGGGAGUAGCCAAGUUUACAGAGGAUGCCUUCCCGAUGGUCGGCAUGUGGCUAUCAAGUUAUCGAAAUUAUCUGCAGAAGCAUCGAGAGAUUUCCUCUUAGAAGUUGACAUCAUGACUAAAUUACAGCCCAAGCGCAUGGUGCCACUGAUGGGCAUUUGUGCGGAGGACAACCACCUUAUUUCUGUGUACAGCUACUUCUCCAAAGGAAGUUUAGAGGAAAACCUCCAUGGCAAAAAAGCCAAGGCACCACUACCAUGGGACAUGAGAUUUAAGGUGGCAGUGGGCAUCGCCGAGGCUUUAAGCUACCUUCACAAUGGCUGCUCUCGGCCAGUAAUUCAUAGAGAUGUCAAGUCCUCGAACAUUCUUCUCAAUGAUGAAUUUGAGCCUCAGUUAUCUGAUUUUGGCUUAGCUAUAUGGGCACCAACAACUUCAGCCUACGUGACACAUAGCGAUGUGGUUGGAACUUUUGGCUACCUUGCUCCCGAGUAUUUCAUGUAUGGGAAGGUCAGUGAAAAGAUUGAUGUCUAUGCCUUUGGAGUUGUUCUACUUGAACUGUUAUCAGGAAGAAAGCCGAUCAGCGAUGAUAAUCCCGAGGGCCAACAAAGUCUGGUCAUGUGGGCAAUACCAAUACUGGAGAGAGGGGAUGUUAUGAAUUUAUCGGACCCCAAUCUUGAUAUGAAGCAUGACGUGGUUCAAAUGAGAAGAAUGGUUUUAGCUGCAUCUCUUUGCAUUACAAGGGCAGCUCGUCUCCGACCUCAAAUGAGCCAGAUUCUGAGCCUUCUCCAAGGAGUAGAAGACAUGGAGGCGUGGAUGAACUGCCAUGCUGAUACUACACACAAUGAGUUGGAUUGUCAGGAUGAGGAAACCUAUCCAGCUUCAAGCAUUGGGUCACAUUUAGGCCUUGCACUGCUUGAUGUGGAAGACGAUGCAUCGGUCGCUAGCUUUGAACAGAACCAACUAGGUUCCUUGGAGGAGUACCUACGAGGAAGAUGGAGCCGCUCUUCAAGUUUUGAUUAGCUUCUCAUCAGAUAAAUAUGAAAAAACAAUUCUUUCCUUUUUAACUUGAGUGCUUUUGGGCAGAUUUGUACAGUAUUAAGGCCAGAUGCAAGACUUGCAGCGUGCUGCUUGGGAUUGCACAAGAUUCCAAGGACAAUAAUAGAGCAUGAUAAUAAGAGAAACGUCAACAGGGCAAAGAGUAACAAUAAUCCAUGUAAACCUCUUCUUUAGCAU